AUGCUGCCCAAUACGAGAUACCAGAAGGUCACAAAUGGAGCAAUUGGAGAGGAUCUGGAGAGCAACAGGUCGGGGCCUUUGGCGCAAUGGAUCUUUAGCUAUCGGACGGCAUUUUACAUCGUCUUGGUGGUGUACAUCAUCACUGCUGUGGCGUCAUACACCUACGAUGAUGUCUUGAAUUGGAAACACACGCAGUCUGAUGUAGUAUUAGCUGUUGGAAUUCCAAAUGUGCCAUUUGAUCGAGCGGUUUUGUUUGACGCCGAUGCUUCGUAUGCAGCAUACAUGAACGGAAUAGACGAUCCUUGGACGAAGAACCUGCUACCGCCUGGGAGAGGUUUUAUCAACGUCCCAACCGAAAUCACUCAGCCAGAUGGAAGUACCAAAGUCGAAGACAAACAAUUUUGCGUAUCUAUGUUCCAUCAGCUUCACUGCAUCGCCGGCCUGAAAUGGAUAUUCGAGAGUGCAGACAACACGGCAGUCAACAAAUCCUCCGAAGCGUACAUCAUGAAGAAAGAGCAUAUGGCACAUUGCUUCGACUUUCUGCGUCAGGCUGUCAUGUGUGCGGGUGACAUGACACUGGAGCCGGUCGAUGACGAAGCGACGGAUGGCUGGAAUGUCACACAUACUUGUAGGGACUUCAAAACGAUUUAUGACUUUGCUGCGGAAAGAAGAGUGACAAAUAUCACUGGGAUUUUAUAG